GACAGACAGUGGGGGGAGGGAGGGGGAGGGGGGUGAGAAAGAACGCAGCAGAACAAACCGCAGUGGGGCGCAGCGGGGUAGUACAUCUCUCUCGGGGCGAUUCUUCUCCUGAGGAGGUGCAGUGCAGAGCAGAGAGCAGAGAUCAGGGAGCAGGGAGCAGAGCAGUGCGAUUCUUCACGCUCACACUCCAUAAGCAGGAGCGGCGCUGCUGGUGCACUGUGGACAGCAAGCAGCUUCGACCCUGCCCGCCGGAGGUGGUCAUGCUGGAACUAUAGCUGCCUGCUUCCACUUGCUCGAGGCAUAUCAAUUCGGGAGAGGGGCGGGAGAAAGAAGAAAAGCGAAGCGCGGAGCGACAGAAGCAGAAGCAGCGACGAGAGGCGAAGAGCAGAGAGGUCAAGCCCAAGAGAAAAAACCGCCCGCCGAACUACAUUGAGAGGGAGAGCUUGAAAGAUCUGUUCGCUUGGAUUCGUUUGUUUCGAAGGCGCUGCAUUGACAGGACCUUUAGCGUACGUAUAGAGUUUGGAGCGUCACGACGUUUUCCCCGAUGAGGGGCGCAGGAGGUGUCCGGUGUGUACACCUGCUUGCGCUAGUAUUUGCCACAUUGGCUCUACAAGCCGCAGCCACCUAUGGAGGCCAGAACUCGUGGGACCGAGGUGCAUAUGGCGGAUAUAAUGGAUACAAACCUUACAAGAAACACUGGGAGAAGAAGCAAUCGUAUGACCCCUUGGCCAGCGCUUUCUAUGCGCUGCAAGCGUGGAAGCAGGCUAUCACCAACGAUCCUCAGGGGAUCACGGACACAUGGGUCGGACCCGACGUGUGCAAGUACAGGGGUAUCUUUUGCGAGGCAAUAGAUCCGAAUGAUCCCUACAAGCAGGUGGUGGCCGGUAUUGAUUUGAAUCACGGGGGGCUGUGCGGGACACUCCCAGAGGAGCUCGGAUACCUGACGGAUCUGGCGCUCUUCCACAUCAACUCCAAUCUCUUCACAGGAAGUUUGCCCAUGUCGUUCAAAAAUCUUGUGAAGCUGUCCGAGCUCGAUGUCAGCAACAACCAAUUUUACGGCUACUUCCCCGCAGUGGCCCUGAGUUUGCCCAGCCUGAUCUUUCUGGACAUCCGUUUCAACAAAUUCUACGGUCCAAUUCCGCCGCAGGUGUUCGACAAGAAUCUGGAUGCUUUGUUCGUGAACAACAACGAAUUCGACUGCCAGAUUCCUUCGAACCUCGGCAGCUCGCCGGUGUCGGUCGUCGUGCUGGCCAAUAACAAGCUGGUGGGCGAGAUCCCCAGGAGCGUGGGCAACAUGUCGCAAACAUUGAACCAGCUGGUGUUUUUGAACAACUCAAUUUCCGGAAUGCUGCCUUCGGAGAUCGGUCGAUUGGACUCCGUCGACCUAUUCGACGUCAGCGUGAACGAUUUGACCGGACAGCUGCCGAACACGCUGCAGAACAUGAGCAGCUUGCAAAUCUUCAACGUGGGCGAGAAUCAGCUCUUCGGCAACAUCACGGAGAACAUUUGCGGUCUGCCUCAGGUCCAAAAUCUGACGUUCCGAGAUAACUUCUUCACCGGGGAAGCCCGGCUCUGCUUCGAAAUCACGUACCCUCCUCGCAAUGCCAUCGUCGACGUGAGCGGCAAUUGUAUCCCCGGACUCGACAACCAGAAGCCUCCUUCUGUCUGCGGCGCCUUCUUCGGCACGGGCUCGUCGCCCUCGCCUCCUGCUCCCAUCCCUCCCAUGACCCCUUCUCCUCCUCCCCCUGUCUACACGCCAUCUCCUUCUCCUCCACCUCCUCCUCCUCCAUCGCCCCCUCCUCCAUCUCCAUCUCCCCCACCUCCUCCUCCCCCAUCCCCACCUCCACCUCCUCCACCCGCCUACACUUACCCACCAUACUACAGCAGCCCAGCGCCAGCUUCUCCUCCUCCUCCACCAUCUCCCGUGUACACAACCCCGUCGCCUCCUCCUCCAUCGCCUGCCUAUCAACCGCCGCAAUCACCUCCCUACGUACCAUACUCGCCAUCUCCACCCACAGGCGUGCCUCCCUACAACGGACAUUGGGUCAACCCAACUCCACCACCUCCACCAUCGCCGACAGGACCGUGCUAGGCGAGCGCAUUGUUUCCAUACCUACGUAAUUUUGUGGCAUCCACACCCCUUCCUCAGUUCCCCGAGACCACACCGAGAUGCCUCGGAGAAGAAGCUCGAGAGAGCUUGUCGGCGAGGAGCAGCAGACGAGGGGACGACUGGCGUCGAGCGGCGGGGGAUUCGGCGCUGAUACACAGUGCGCGCUGGAUCUGGCCCGCUGCGAGUUCGAUGGGGGGUGCAGGAGCUUACAAAUCCCACUGGACCGGCCGUGGGGACGGAUCCGACAGUGUGAUGAAAUGAGACCAUGGCUACAAUCGCACACGGCCGGAGCGGUGUUGUUAAUUAAAAAAUUUCGUGUUUAGAUCAGGAGCAAACAGGGAGUUAAGUUAGAUAAGCUGGGUACUAUUUCAUCAUAUUCUUCUUGGCCAAGUUUCGAGGUGAUGAAUGAACAUACUACCAGGUAUAGGAUUGUGAUUUUUCGGUGGGGUGGCUCGGUGUUACUACCUAAGGCGAGAACAUUUCAUUCAUUAGGCUCACCCCCAUAUGGUACAACUCCGAUUUCGCCCUGUUGCGGUGUAAUCAUUCUAUCAUAGACUCUUAGACCUUAGUCUUGUUUCAAUUUUACUCAUUGACAAUCAGUCCGAUCAUAACUUACUGUGACCGAUGUAAUUUUCUUUAGUAACAUUUCGUUUUCGUCGAGCCAUUUUAUACGCUCGGAAUCC